AUUUUAUCCAACAAUGAAAUGCCUGAUCGACUAGACCAGUUUCGAUACCGGUGCUACCUAGAAAUGGAGGAGCUGAUUUAUCUGGGCUGGGUUGGAUCAUGCUUGAGGAAUGAACUUGAAGUAAAACCAGUGCAGGAAAUGGGAGGCCAGUGGAUCAUGGAGCUCCCAGCAAAUGACCAGGUCAAGAGUUUCAGGGUGGAACUCCAUGAUACAGACCGUUCUUCACCGGUUGCAGGCAUUGGCCAUGAAGCUUGCUCAGUUGCCACAGCAAGGAAGAAUCAUUCAUGUCCAGAGAAGCCAACAUAUUGUUCUUCAUCAGUUACUGAACUUGGUCAUGAAGCUUGCUUGGAUGUGGCAGCAAGGAAGAAUCAUUUAGGUUUGAUGAAUCAAGAGGAAGAAGAACAUGAAGUAAAACCAGUGCAGAGAAUUGGAGGCCAGUGGAUCAUGGAGCUCCCAGCAAAUGACAACGUCAUGAGUUGCAGGGUGGAACUCCAUGACUCAGACUGUUCACCAGUACCAGGCAUUGGUCAUGAAACUUGCUCAGGUCCAAAGAAGCCUAUCUAUUGCUCCUCGUCAGUUGCAGAACUUGGUAUUGAAUCUUGCUUGGAUGUCGCAGCAAGGAAGAAUCAUUCAGGUCUGAAGAAGCCAAAAUUGCUUUACAAGCUCAAAGGAUGGGCCAGAGGAAAGGGAAAGCCGAAACAGUUUCGCGAUUGAGAUGACGGUGGAGGUGGCGGCGGCAGCAGCUGCUAGAGAUGGUGUGUCUGGGAUUGAAGUGUGAAGGUUAUGCAAGGAGAAAGACAGUUUGAUAUGGUUACGAGUGCAUGACAUUGUAUCAGAAUUUAACAUACAAAUCUCAAACUUAAUAAUCAUUUUCCUGCUUUGUUCUCUAA